AUGAGCAAAUUCACUUCCCCGUUGAUUGCCUCAUCCUAUCAGCACCCCGAGCGAGAUGGUGAAUUUGGCGCACUUCAGCAGAAGACGAUCCAGCAGAUGAUGGAAAGAGGGAUUGAAUACUCCACUCUAGCGGAACAUCCUAUCUCCUGGGCUGAAGACCAAGACCCGUUCGGACAUGUCAUGGCUCAGGCCUACGCGCAUGUUAGUGCAAAAUGCUUCAAUCGAUUCCUGGAGUCGUUCCACGAGAAACUCCAAGAUGAAUUUCCCAAGUUCAUGUCGGGUCGUGGCAUUGGUCCCAUGACAAACAGGUACACAAUGACUAUCAAAACUCCGAUAAAGUACCCGGACCUGCUUAUUACGGGGGUCCGCAUUGCGGAGGUGCGAAACGAUAGAGUCCGAGUGAUCUAUUCUGCAUGGUCUGUUGCGAAAGGGUGCUUGGCUGCUGAGUGUGAAUCCUGGAUUGCAUUUUUUGACCAUAAGCGAGGCAAGCGAGUGAACCUAAGGGAAGAAGGCGGAGUGUAUCUUGACCUACAUGAGUCAUUGAGAGAACGCGCCGCGAAGUCCGCUGAAGCCUUAAAGGCGUGGGAAGAAGGCCAGAAGGAGAGGAAGAAGGGGGCAAAGCUUUGA